AUGGCAAACCUGCUGUUUGCUAUCGUUUGUACCCCGUUUUGUGUGGUCGCUAACAUGCUAAACAUCGUCUUCAUUUUUUGUCUAUGCCAGCCAGUUGAGGGAGUGAGCAUUCAUCAACCUUUGUAUUUUUUAUUAACUGUCAUGCUAGGCAAUUCUACAGUUCAACAGCUUAUCAUUAUGGUCUAUGUUAUUCUGACCUUUCUUAGACCACCUGACUGGCUUCUGAUUGUAAACCUGGGAAUAAUUUACCAAACCUACUGCUCGAGUUUCUCCACCUGUGCCUGGAUCAGCAUUUUUUACUACUUGAAGAUCGUCCCGCAACAUCAUGCUUUCUUUAUCUGGAUCAAGAAGAACAUCAAAGUGAUAGUUUUUGCUGGGUUUGUCUUAGAUCAGGUCUUACUUCUGUCUGCGAUAACCAUGGGUACGGUUUCAAACCUGCCGCAACCAACGUACAGUAGUAAUAACACAACAUUCCUAGAUGAAGUAAAUGCUCUAAACAGAACUCUCUUUAAAAUGGCUAUCAGGGUGUUCCUGGCAUAUUUUGUUUGCCCAUUUUGCAUACUGACCUUCUCUUGGGGCAAAACCUUUAAUUAUCUACGUGGACACAUCAGGAGGAUGGAGCAAACUACUGGUUCUCAAACUACUAGUCCUCAACAACAGAACCAGAUGAGGGUGACGAUUACGGGCAUAGUGCAAACUUCUGUGUUUGUUCCGAGCAGCCUGUGUGCUAUUACCACAGCAUUGCUUUUUUUCCAUGAUGGAUAUCUGGACAGACACAUCACAAUGACUAUGACCUCUAUAUCUGGUUUAGCAAAUAUUCUGUGUUUAGGCUUUUCACAGUCUAUUUUUAGGGUGCGAGUAGUUUCAUUACUAAAGAGAUUUUAUGCAUGA